AUGGGGAGAGGGACCAUCUUCAGAAUCACCUUUUUUUUUCGUUAUUGCAAUGGCCGUGGAUGGUAUGGACGAAUUAUUAGCGUUUCUCCUUCUAACGACGAAGAAUUACAACAAAUAAUUGAAGAAAGCAAAAUUGCUGGUCCAGAUAAAGGACCUGAAAGAUUGGGAAGACGGAAAAAUAUUGAAGAUGAAAUAUAUAAUGAUGAAAAUAGAAAUGAUUUUGAUGAAGAUAAUGCUGAUUUCGUAUUUGGAGGGUUGGAUAAUUACAGUGAUAGUGACUCUGAUGAUUUAAACCUAAUGGUGCCUGAUUAUUUUUUACAUGGAACAGCUCCUGACACAUUAAAUUUCAAUAAUUCGCAAAAUCCUGAACGCCUUCCAAAGAGUAAAAAUGCUGGUCAAAAAUCUUUAACAGCAAAGCAAAAUUCGUUUGACAGUUCACGAGAAAGUCAAAGAACGAUAAAUAAUUCUGACAAAAGUUUGGAUGAUGAGAUAAUAUUUGAAAAGAAUACUUCAGCAACUGCGGGGCCACCAACCAAGCACCGUAAAAGAGCAAGACGACGACCUGGAAAGGAACAGAGAAGAAAGUCGGCUGAGGAAUCUUCGUCUCAACAGUCUUCUGCUCUUUCUCACCAAAAAUUGACAGGAAAAAGAUUGAGACUUGAAUCUUCAUCGCAACAGCCUUCUCCUUUGAAUUCUGCUAAUUCAUCUUUCCAUAAAGUGCCAAAUUCUAUUCAAUCAGCUUCUUUUGACCAAGCAUUAAAUCGUUUUCCUAUCCCAUCUAUACACACAAUACCUGUUCGUCAAUCUCCUCCAAUUCCUUAUAACCGUGGCGCAAAAUGGGGUCCUCCACCAAUUUCAUUUCCUCAACUUUCUUCUUCUUCAGCUUCAACUUCAAUUUCUUCAUUUUCUGUUAGAGAUACAACACCUUUUGAAAUUCAAAUAAUUAUUAGUUCUCAACAUUGUUUACUUAAAUGGAGUAUUCCUGAUGGUAUAAAAUUAUAUUUUUUAAAGAAAAUAUUAAACAGAACAUUAAUUUUAAUAAAUGGAUGGGCUAGAUUAUUCUCAUUAUCGAGCAUGAAAAUAAAAUUUUGA